AUGGACCAACUCGAAGAAAAGCACCUGGAAACCAGCCGGGGUUUCCACUAUCGCUACUAUGUCAGCCCAGCAGCAUCUGCGGAUGCAUCGAAGCCUGCUAUUGUCCUCUGCCAUGGAUGGCCAGACUCAGCAGAUUUGUGGCAAUUUGUCGUUCCACAGCUACUGAAGUCGAAAUUGAGACUCAUAGUCCCAGACCUGCUCGGAGCUGGGCAGUCCUCCAAGCCCAUCAACCCAGAAGCAUUCGAGAUCAAAGGAAUGGUUGACGAUAUGAUGGAGGUCCUCAAAUCAGAGAACAUCACCCAACAAAUCAUCCCCAUGGGUCACGACUGGGGUUCAUACUUGGCUCAGCGUCUCUAUCUCCUGAACAAGGAUCGCAUGGCGGGGCUCAUAACUCUCAACGUCGCGUUUCAACCACCGCGAGCUGAUGCAUUCGAUYUGGAAACAUUCAACGCGUAUACCGAGAAAGUCGUCGGGUAUCCGAUCUUCGCCUACUGGCUCCUCUUCGCCGACCCCGAAGGUCCGAAACUAAUGGAGCAACACCUCGAGAGCUUAUGGUAUGCAAUCCACGGCGAAGACCCAGCUCAAAUGAAGAAUCUCUUCUGCGUCCGCGGAGCCAUCAAGGAAUGGGUUGAGAAAGAUCGCAAGGACAGCCCGUUGAAACCCUACGCGCGGAACGAGGAACUCAAGAACGCCUGGAUCGAUAGUAAGAAGUCGGGCGGUCUAGUCUCCCAGGGCUGUUGGUAUCGGGCCACUGCCGAGAACAUUCAUCAGGCUACGGAGUCGAAGUUGGAUGGUCAUGUUGAUCUUCCUUAUUUGUUCAUUGGUGCUGAUGGAGAUGCUGUGUGCAGAACUGAUGCGAUUGAGGGACCUAAGUCUAUGGGUUUGCUCAAAAAUUUGCAGGUCGAGGAGGUGCAUAGUGGUCAUUGGAGUCCGUUUGAGGCUCCCGAUGACAUUGCGAGGAUCGUCUUGGAGUGGUUGGCGAAGAAUGGGUUCUCCGCUUAG